AGAUGAGAGACACGAGGUAGUCACGUGCUACCGUAUUUUACCUCUAUGACGAAACUGCCCCUGCCCCUCCUCCUCCUCCUCUCGCCUCCCGCCGCCGCCGCCGCCCCGCUCCGAUCCCUCCUGCCACCCGAGCGCCGCCUCGCGGCGAUGUCGGCGGCGACGACGACAACGGCGCCGGUGAGCGGCGAGUAUCCGUCCCCGGUGUCCCCGCCCUAUCCGGCCGUUUCCAAGGAUGUGGAGCUCCGGCGCGCCAUGACCGCCUCUGCCCGCUCCGCGGUGUUCGCCUCCGCGGACGUGGUGUUUGAGGACGAGUGGCUCGCCGUCGUCGACAAGCCAGCGGGAGUCUACUGCGACGCCCUCCUCACCGCCCUCCCUCGCUCCGCCGCCUCAGGGGAUUCAGCUACAAAACCUAACCUUCACCUUGCCAACAGACUGGAUCGUGAUACCAGCGGUCUCAUGAUUAUUACCAAAUGCAACAAAGUUGCAGGGAAGCUAGUGAAGGCAUUCACUGAUCAUAAAGUCAAGAAAGCAUAUCUUGCUCUUUGCAUAGGUUUCCCACCAACGUGGGAGAAGAUUAAGAUAUGUUCUGGUCAUGGGCGGUCGAAACAUGGUGCUUGGCGUGUGUAUGCUAUGCCUGACAUUGGUCGGUCACUACCAGGGGGCUCUGUUGUAAGGGACAUGAGCACACAAUUUGAAGUUUUAGGGGUCAACGGUAAAGGUCAGUUUAGAGAACCCUACAACUUUUUCACCGAUGAUAUUGAGUCAAUUACUGUACAAGAAAAGGCACCUGCCCAGACUUGUAAUGAUGAUGUGAAGAACAGUGUAAUUUUGGUUAGAGCGUACCCUCAAAGUGGACGGACACAUCAGAUUCGCCUACACUGCCAGUAUCUUGGGUUCCCAAUCAGAGGUGAUGUGAAGUAUGGCGGGGUGAUUGAGUGGAAUGGAUUGGAGUGUGAUGGCCAUGCAUUGCAUGCAGAGAGCUUGUCAUUUGUACACCCUGUCACAGGAUUGCCCGUCACUUUCCAGUCACCUCUUCCUUCAUGGGCAAAAGAUUUUAUCUCAACGAUGGAGUAAAGUUCCCUUGAUCUUAUUGUGAUACACAAUGCUCCAGUUGACACUGAGUCCACCAAGGCUGUAAUUCUGAACUGCCAAAAGCGUUGUGCCUUGGAGCCCCUGUCUGGGAGUAGCAUUGGUCAGUGAUCACCUUUCUUUGGGGGAUGUUUAUCAAAAUCCUUACUUUAUGAACAGGUUAUCACAAAUACUGAGAUGAUUGCCGCAGCACGCUUUUUUACUUCAGACUUUAAUUUUAGCAUUUGUAUUUUAGAGACAUUAUAGGUGUCUUGGCAGCUCGACUGGUGGAUGUUCAAAAUCUGUACUUUAUGGUUAGGAUAUCACAAAUACUGAGAUGAUUGCUGAAGCGCGGUUUUUGACUUCAGACUUUAAUUUUAGCAUUUGUAUUGUAGAGGUAUUAUAGGUGUCUUGGCAGCUUGACUGGUGGAUGUUCAAAAAUCUGCACUUCGUGAUUAGGAUAUCACAAAUAUUGAGAUGAUUGUUGUAUCACAAUUUUGACUUCUUACUGCAAUUGUAACAUUUGUACCAGAGAUAUUGAGAUGUUUAUAAUAUUGUUUCAA